GACCACCUGCUGUCACCCCCCAGACGCACCGGGGCCCCAGGCUGUGCUGGUCUCAGGGCCCCGGGCUGGCGGGCUGCCCAGGUGAGCGGCUGAGCCGCCGACGGGCUCCCCCUUCCCCCACUCAGUGAUGUCAGGCCGAGGGCGGGGGCAGGAGGGGGGCAGGUGGCGAAGGGCCUGGCGUCUCCCUCCCAAACCCGCGGCCCCAGCCAGGUGUACCUGCGCGCAAGGCCCAGAUGCCAUGGAGCUGGGCCUGUCCCCACCUCCUCACAGCAGCUCCCCAGAAGACCUGUACCCAGCCCCUGGGACCCCCCCCGGGACUCCCCCGCCGCCCGAUGCCCCUCUUCCUGGGGAGGUGAAGAGGUCCCAGCCGUUGUCCAUCCCGACCAGCAGUCAACUCUUCCCCAACCCACACAGGAGACUUCGGGAGGAGGAGCUGCGGACAACCUCUCUACCCUCCAUCCCCAACCCUUUCCCUGAGCUGUGCAGUCCUCCCUCACAAACCCCCAUCAUUGGGGGACUCGCCAGUGCCCGGGGGCUGCUCCCUCGAGACACCAGCUGCCCCCAUGUAGUGAAAGUGUAUAGCGAAGACGGGGCCUGCCGGUCCGUGGAGGUGGCGGCGGGUGCCACCGCGCGCUACGUGUGUGACAUGCUGGUGCAGCGAGCUCACGCCCUCAGUGAUGAGAACUGGGGGCUGGUGGAGUGCCACCCCCAUCUAGCGCUGGAGCGGGUCUUGGAGGACCAUGAGUCGGUAGUGGAAGUACAAGCUGCGUGGCCCAUCGGCGGAGACAGCCGCUUUGUCUUCCGGAAGAACUUCGCCAAGUAUGAACUGUUCAAGAGCUCCCCACACUCCCUGUUCCCGGAGAAGAUGGUCUCCAGCUGUCUGGAUGCACCGACGGGCUUAUCACAUGAAGACCUCAUCCAGAACUUCCUGAAUGCGGGCAGCUUCCCGGAGAUCCAGGGCUUCCUGCAGCUGCGGGGGUCAGGACGGAAGCUCUGGAAGCGCUUCUUCUGCUUCCUGCGCCGGUCUGGCCUCUAUUACUCCACCAAGGGCACCUCCAAGGACCCGAGGCACCUGCAGUACUUAGCGGAUGUGAGCGAGUCCAACGCGUACGUGGUGACUCAGGGCCGCAAGCUGUAUGGGAUGCCCACGGACUUCGGCUUCUGUAUCAAGCCGAACAAGCUUCGCAAUGGCCACAAGGGGCUGUGCAUCUUCUGCAGUGAGGACGAGCAGAGCCGCACCUGCUGGCUCUCCGCCUUCCGCCUCUUCAAGUAUGGGGUGCAGCUGUAUAAGAAUUAUCAGCAGGCUCAAUCUCGCCACCUGCGCCCGUCCUGUGUGGGGUCCCCACCCCUGAGGAGUGUCUCGGAUAACACCCUGGUGGCCAUGGACUUCUCUGGCCACACGGGGCGCAUCAUCGAGAACCCCCGGGAGGCGCUGAGUGUCGCCCUGGAGGAGGCCCACGCCUGGCGGAAGAAGACGAACCACCGUUUCAGCCUGCCCACCCCAUGCUCCAGCACCAGCCUCAGUGCAGCCAUCCACCGAACCCAACCCUGGUUCCACGGACGGAUUUCCCGCGAGGAGAGCCAGCGGCUCAUCUCCCAGCAAGGCCUGGUGGACGGACUGUUCCUGGUCCGGGACAGCCAGCGGAACCCACAGGGCUUUGUCCUGUCGUUGUGCCAUCUGCAGAAAGUCAAGCAUUACCUCAUCCUGCCGAGCGAGGAGGAGGGCCGCCUCUACUUCAGCAUGGACGAGGGCCAGACGCGCUUCACCGACCUGCUGCAGCUCGUGGAGUUCCACCAGCUGAACCGCGGCAUCCUGCCCUGCCUGCUGCGCCACUGCUGCACCCGCGUGGCCCUCUGACCCGGUGGCAGCGGCCUGUCCCAGCCCUGGGCUCAUCGGGCCUGUGUCCCAGCCCUGGGCUCAUAGGGCCUGUGUCCCAGCCCUGGGCUCAUAGGGCGGACUCGGAGGGUCAGAGGGUGGGGACAGGAUCGAGAAGAACUGGAAGGCUCCCCCCACUCCCGUUUUCUCCUCUGCUCCUUUGCUUCACUGAGACAGUAAGUGCCCACCCCCCCCCCCACCCAGUUCACCCUUAAUCCCUCUUCUCAAGGGAAGGCACUUGGGGUGGCCCUCUCCCCUUCAGGGAGCUCCUUUCUGGGCACUACUCUGGGGCAAGGCAUUAUGGGAGAAAUGGGGGAAGCCCAGGUGGUCUGAUGCCCCACACUUUGUACAGACUGAGGCCAGUUGAUCUGCUCUGUUUUAUACGCCUUACAAUAAAGGUUAUUUUUGGA